AAGUAGCAUAUUCACAUGAGAAAUCACUUCUCUUCCUGGGCAAUUAAUCAGCAGAAUAACAUUCAUUUAUUUCUAAUGGCUCUAUGCACUAGAAAUUCAAAGCACAUUAUUAAGUAUGUAAAAUCAAGGAUCUCUGUAAUGGCAAUUCCAGAUGCUGCCAAUUACAUUAACAAAAGGUGUCGUCGAUUUGAAUCCACCAAAGCCCACAGCUAUCAAAAGAUUUUGGAUUUCCCAGGAGGAAAGGUUGCCUUCACCCCUCAAAUGAGCUUCUUAUCUGAAUCUCUUGAGGAGCGUAUUCCAUGUUACCGUGUCCUUGAUGACAAUGGUCAGCUCAUAAACGAUAGCAGCUUUAUAGGAGUCAGCAGGGAGAUUGCUAGAAAAAUGUACUGUGAUAUGGUGACGCUUCAAACUAUGGACACCAUCUUCUAUGAAGCACAGAGGCAAGGAAGAAUUUCUUUCUAUGUCACUGCAACUGGAGAAGAGGCCAUCAAUAUUGCAUCUGCGGCUGCCCUCACAAAUGACGAUCUUGUUGUCCCUCAGUAUAGAGAACCAGGACUUCUGUUAUGGCGUGGUUUUACUCUUCAAGAAUUUGCAAAUCAGUGUUUUAGUAACAGAGAAGAUAAUUGCAAAGGCAGGCAGAUGCCUGCCCAUUAUGGUUCAAAAAGGCACAAUUAUUUCACAGUAGCAUCUACAAUUGCUUCACAGCUUCCUCAUGCAGUUGGUGCUGCAUAUUCUCUAAAGAUGGAUCACAAAGAUGCAUGUGUUGUCACUUAUUUUGGUGAUGGUGGCUCAAGCGAGGGAGAUUUUCAUGCUGCUUUAAACUUUGCUGCCGUCAUGGAGGCACCGGUUAUAUUUAUCUGUCGGAACAAUGGAUGGGCUAUUAGUACCCCUGUUUCAGAUCAAUUUCGAAGUGAUGGAAUUGUUGUUAGAGGACAAGCUUAUGGAGUACGAAGUAUUCGUGUUGACGGAAAUGAUGCUCUUGCAAUGUAUAGUGCAGUUUCCGCAGCUCGUGAAAUGGCCAUCAACGAAAAUAGACCAAUUUUAAUUGAGGCUCUAACGUAUCGAGUGGGGCAUCACUCCACAUCAGAUGAUUCUACAAAGUAUCGUCCAGUUGAUGAGAUUGAGCAGUGGAGAUUGGAACGAGAUCCUGUAAUGAGAUUCAAAAGAUGGAUAGAAAAUAAUGGCUGGUGGAGCAGUGACGCCGAGUCAGAACAUCGAAGCAGCAUGAGGAAGCAGAUAUUAAAUGUAAUUCAAGUGGCGGAGAGAAAUGAAAAACCUCCCGUGGCGGAUUUAUUUGAAGAUGUGUAUGAUGUUCUCCCGUCCAACCUCCGUGAACAAGAAAAGAGGUUAAGAGACGCCAUCACGAGACACCCGCAAGACUAUCCUCCAGAUUUUCCGAUGUAAACUCGUUUUAUUAUAUAUAAAGCCAACUAUGGGAUUUAAUUGCAAACAAGGUGCAUCAUAGGUUAGAAGUAACACCAGAAUUGUAUUUUUGAAUCAGGUAAUAAUGUGUAACUUCUUUAUCAAGACUCUCAAAGAUAAUUUGUGCUGUGAUGUACUUAGGAGA